AUGUCAACACGAAACGAGGUGCUGAAGCGUGCAGUGAAGAACGAUCAGUCGCCACACCCGUGUUCUGCACUAGAGAAAUAUAAUCGCAAAAAGUUUUCGCCGCUGGCGCCGAUAGCGCCGUGGCCGCCGGACGGCAACCUGCUCGACCGGAUGGACGACCUCGCUCACAAAGGUAAAGGUCACAGCGGUGUUAACCAGCUCGGCGGCGUGUUUGUAGGAGGGAGGCCGCUGCCGGACUCCACGCGGCAGAAGAUCGUUGAGCUGGCGCACUCGGGAGCGCGGCCGUGCGACAUCAGCCGCAUCCUGCAGGUCUCCAACGGAUGCGUCUCCAAGAUACUCGGCAGGUAUUACGAAACGGGGUCUAUCAGACCACGUGCUAUAGGAGGAUCAAAACCAAGAGUAGCCACCGCCGAAGUCGUCAGCAAAAUCGCGCAAUAUAAACGAGAAUGCCCCUCAAUCUUUGCAUGGGAGAUUAGGGACCGCCUGCUCAGUGAGGGGGUGUGCACCUCGGAUAACAUUCCCAGUACAUCAAAAGGGGAAGGUUCACAAUCGGAUUGA